AUGGCGAGUGCCAGUGCGAGCAGUGAAAACGGGGACGAUCUAUUGGUCUACGAUGGAAAUUCCGAGUCGGAGGAGUCGGAGUAUUCAGAGCAUGAGGAUGGCGAUAAGGAAUCUACUGGAAACGGCGCACUUACCCUUAAUAGUAACACCGAUUCGGGAUGUCCCCUGGAAUCUUCGAUGCAGGAUUCAAAGUCGGCGGUACAAAAAGGUCAGAAUAAGAGUUCGAAUAGUAUUGGGGCGGUUCAUCCGAACUAUGGAUUUGGCAAGCGGUGGUCGAAAUCAGAAGAUGUCCUGCUCAAGUCAUUGGUGGAUAAACAUGGGGAGAACUGGGAGGUCAUCGGGCCGCACUUCAAGGACAGACUCGAGCAGCAGGUGCAGCAGCGUUGGGCCAAGGUCCUGAAUCCGGAACUCAUAAAGGGUCCGUGGACGCGGGACGAGGACGACAAGGUGAUCGAGCUGGUGCGGAGUUUCGGACCGAAAAAGUGGACCCUGAUAGCUCGGUACUUGAAUGGGCGCAUUGGAAAGCAGUGCCGCGAGAGAUGGCACAACCACCUCAAUCCGAAUAUCAAGAAAACAGCCUGGACCGAGGAGGAGGACAAGAUCAUCUACAAAGCUCACAUUCAACUUGGAAACCAAUGGGCGAAAAUUGCUAAACUUUUGCCCGGACGCACCGAUAAUGCCAUAAAAAACCAUUGGAACUCGACAAUGCGUCGCAAAUAUGAUGCCGAACGCAGGUCGGUUAAUGCAUCUGGAAGCGAUUUGAAGAGCUCGCGCACUCAUCUAAUAACGCUGAUAAAAUCCGGUGGUAUCAGUAAAGUACCAUAUAAUUUGCAAAAUAAAAUAGUUUCUGCUGAGUCAGCAGCAGAAUGCCAUCCAGCUUCUAAAUCCGAACAGGCUGAUGGAAAUAAUGUAAAACCUGAGCUUACCGAGUCCCAAGAUUCUUCGGCAGCCGAACAUCAAAUGAGUUCUCUAGACCUCAACAUGCCCCAUUCAGUUUUAAAAAUGUCGCUUCCGCGUCAAACACCAAACAUAUUGAAACGUCCUCGCAAACACAUUCCCGAAACUCACCUUCAGGCUGGUCCAUCAAAUGGGGUUUUCCAGGACGAAGUCAAGACCAGGCUACCGGGUUCGCCUGUCAUCACGCCGAUAAAAUCUCUACCAUUCUCACCAAGCCAUUUCCUUAAGUCGCCAUGCCUGACAACAUUUGAAGACAUGAAUUUGCGAGCCAGUACACCAGUGACUAAGGUCUACAAUCGUGUUGGAAUGGAGAUCAAAAAGGAAAUGGAAAGUUCAUCCAUUGAGACUCCACACAAGAGUCAACUUGGUCCACGAACACCAACGCCCUUUAAAAAGGCCCUAGCUGCUAUUGGCAAGAAAAGGGACGGUCGUCAGUAUGAACCGUCUAGCCCGUCUAGCCUGGUGGAAGAUUUGGCUGAAAUCAUCAAUGAGGAACAUCUUAGCAAUUCGCUAACCGCAAACAAUUCCAAAGUUAUUGGUGGUGAUUCGUUCAACUCUGAAAACAACGGAACAUGUGUGGGUCAGCAGUCCCCGCAUUUGAAACGUGCCAGAAAAUCACUUCUUUCGACUUGGAGCUCCAAUCACCUUUCCAAUGGUAGCACCACUAAAAAGAUUCAACCUUUUGAAACUGAGACGCCCAGCAAGUUUCUCACUUCUCCAAGCAAUAUACUGAAGGACACACUAUGCAGCGAACAGGAUCUUCCGUUCGACGAAGGCAGGAAGGAAAAUAGACCAUUCCAUAAUCGCAAAAACUACAAGUUCCGUGGUGUCUUUGAUCCAAAAUGGGCACGAGUAGCUUGCGGCAAAACCAAAGAUCAACUAUUUAUGGAGGAGCAAGCAUAUGCAUGUCUUAAAAAUCUUUCCUGUAUACCGCGUUCCCUAAACUUUGAAAAACCCAAGUGUAUGGUAAAUUCAUUCGAUCGUUAUGGCUCGCUAUAAAUUUCUUGUUGCUAUAUGAGGUAUUAAAAAAUUGUAUAAAUAUAAUUUUUAAAAUCAUGUAGAUAUGGUUUCUUAAAUUUGUACCAAAAUUUGAAUAUAUUUUCAAUUCAUGAGCAACGCAUUUCAAAAUAAAAGUUAACGUACUAAUUUGACGGUAUUAUUGGCACUCUGAAUUUUUUCCCAUUUUUUUCAUAUUUUUAAUAAACAAACAACAUAAAAGUAAUAAAAACCGUUGAAAAAGAAAA